AUGGCAGCAACAGCAACCGCGGCAUCGAUCGGGACGACCGUCGGCGUCUCCGCGGCGCAGGGCGCGGCGAACAAGGGCGGGCAGCACGCGGUCGACCACGCGCACGAGAAGGGCGCGAAGCACGGACUGGGGGGCAAGAUGGAGAAGGGGCUCGGGACGGUGGUUUGCAGCGGGAAGCUGAAGGAGAAGGGGCGCGCGAAGGAGAUGGAGGGACGGGAGGAGAGGCAGGAGGGGGAUGCGGAGGGAAGGAAAGGAUGA